CUUCCGGUUCCGGGUCGGCGCUGGGGCCGGGGGGCCGCGCUGCUGCUGCCGCCAUCGCCGCCGCGAUGCCCAAAGGAGGUAGAAAAGGAGGCCACAAAGGCCGGGCAAGACAGUACACAAGUCCUGAGGAGAUUGAUGCCCAGCUCCAAGCAGAAAAGCAGAAGGCAAGGGAAGAAGAGGAGCAAGAAGAAGGAGGUGAAGGAGCAACAGGGGACCCCAAAAAGGAGAAGAAGUCUUUAGAUUCAGAUGAGAGUGAUGAAGAUGAUGAUGAUUACCAGCAAAAGCGCAAGGGCGUGGAGGGGUUGAUAGACAUCGAGAAUCCCAACCGUGUCAUUCAGACAACCAAGAAAGUCACUCAGCUGGACCUGGAUGGACCUAAGGAGCUCUCCCGACGAGAGAGGGAGGAAAUAGAGAAACAAAAGGCAAAAGAAAGGUACAUGAAGAUGCACCUUGCUGGGAAGACAGAGCAGGCCAAGGCAGAUCUGGCCCGAUUAGCCAUCAUCCGGAAGCAAAGGGAAGAAGCUGCCAGAAAGAAAGAAGAAGAAAGAAAAGCAAAAGACGAAGCGGCCAUGGCAGGUAAAAGACUGCAGUCACUGUCCCUCAACAAGUAAGCACAGGACAUGCCAGAGGAGGAAACACCAGGGAACUGUGCCUGGUGCCUGCCAGGAACUCUGUCCUGUUGCAUCCCAUCCCUGCCACGUCGGGUGUACUGCCAAGUCACCUCCACCUCCAAGAGACACCGGCGACGUGUUUGUCUUCAUCCUGGCACAGAUUCCCAGUGGGGUUGGGGCAGCUGCUGCCCUGGGCACAGGGCUGUGCUGAGCAGCCACUCUCUGUAACAGUUUGGAAACCUGAAUGUUUUUUUGCUGUUUUUAGGGUUCAGAACUCCUAGGUGGGGGGAGGUGGGGUGGGAGGGGAGAUGCUUCACAUAUUAGAUUGCAAGAAAAUAGAUUGUGGGGUCGUUGUGGGGUGGGGCAUGGGGGCUGGGGGGGCUUUGACUUGCUAGUGAGAGCCCAAGGAUGCUGUAUCCCAGAAUCCUGUGGGAAUCCCAUCAUGUUUUGCUGCAGGGUGUUGCAGUAUAAUCUGGGAGCCUGACUUCAUGGACCUGUGAAGUGCUGUUCCUUCCCACUUUCAUCCCUCCUUUCUUGCAGCCAGUCUCCCCCUUUUCCCUCCUCUUCAUUUUUAUUUUGUUUUCCUUCUCCUCAUUAGGGAUAGUGCCAGUUUUUAAUCACAUCAUCCUUUGUUUAAAGGAAAAAAAACCCAACACAUUAAUUGUAUCAGACCCAGAUGGGAAAAAAAAAAAAAAAACAACAACUUGAUAAAGUUAAAAAACAAACAAACAAACAACCCAACAACAGAACUUGUAUAUCUGGCUGAUUAAAAUGUAAAUUAUCAUAA